AUGCCCAUCUCAUUCACCCGAGCGGCAUAUCGUCCACAAAAGGUACAAGACAGACGGCAUCCACGUCCUCGGCCUUGGGCCUCACCUAUUUCCAUUCCAUCAUUCUCCACUCACCCGACCCCGCGCGCCAUUCGAUCCUCUUCUCCACUAGUCGCCAUGCAGCAGCAAGAUGGGUUGGGCAAGCGGCUGCUGCUCCGGGUCGCCGCGCUGUGCCACGGGAGUAGUAAGCUGCCGCCGCUGCCGUCUCCCCCGGCCAUGGCGGAAAUGCCGAGGGUGGAGACGGCCGGCGAUGGCCGCGUCGAGCACCUCGAGAAGUUCUCCCACUACGUCGCUCGGCAGAUUGGGUUCGAGGACGCGAGCGAGUGCCCCCACCUGUGCAAGGCGGCCAACAACUACCUCCGGCAGACCGACAACUGCAUGACGGACGUCUACGGCCUCCUGGACGGCGUCCCGGAGGCCGACGCGCUCUACGUCAAGCUGGUGGACGAGCUGGAGAGAUGCAUCCUCGGCUACUUCGCCUUCCACUGGGACCAUUCCACCACCCUCGUCACCCAGGCCUUGAGCGUGGACAGCGCCAACAAAAGGAAGUUUAGGAACGUGGUUCUCGAAGCUAACAGGAAGCAACGGUUCGAGCGGAUCACAAAGGACCUCAAGGUGACGCGUGUGUUCUCCACGCUGGUGCACGAGAUGAAGGCCAUCGGCACGGUGACGGGGAUGAACGGCGAGGAGGAGGCGCACUGCACCGACGUGAUGGCCCCGAUGGCGCACAACGACCGGUCCCCGGUGUUGCUGCUGAUGGGCGGCGGCAUGGGCGCCGGCAAGAGCACCGUACUCAAGGAGAUACUUCAAGAGCCAUUUUGGAUAAAGGCGGGGACGAACGCGUUGGUGGUUGAGGCGGACGCUUUUAAGGAGACGGACGUGAUCUACCGCGCCAUUAGCUCCAUGGGCCACCACAACGACAUGCUUCAGACAGCAGAGCUGGUGCACAAGUCGUCGACGGACGCGGCGUCGUCGCUGCUGGUGACGGCGCUGAACGAGGGGCGCGACGUGAUCCUGGACGGCACGCUCUCCUGGGAGCCCUUCGUGGAGCAGACCAUCGCCAUGGCCCGGGCGGUGCAUUGCCAGCGCCACCGCAUGGGCGUGGGCUACAAGGUGGACGAGGACGGCACCAUCACCGAGAACUACUGGGAGCCCGUCCCCAACGACCAGGACUUCGUGGCCGCCAACAGGGACAGGAAGCCGUACCGGAUCGAGGUCGUCGGCGUCGUCUGCGACGCCUACCUCGCCGUCGCCAGAGGGAUCAGGCGAGCGAUCAUGACGGGGAGAGCGGUGAGGGUGAACUCGCAGCUCACGUCGCACAAGAGGUUCGCGGCGGCGUUCCAGAAGUACUGCCAGCUUGUGGACGGGGCCAAGCUCUACAGCUCCAACUCCUUGGGCUCUCCACAGCUGAUCGCGUGGAAGGGCGACAUCAACGGCAGCCUGCUGGUGGAGCCGCGCGAGAUCGACUGCCUGGACAAGGUGAGCAACCUCAACGAGGGCGCCACCUCCCUGCACGACCUCUACCCCGGCGGCGCCACCACCUGCGGCUCCCGCUCAAUCUGGGACGACAUGAUCGUCGCGCCGUCCCGCGCCACCGUCCAGCGAGAGAUCCGGGAGGCCAUCCGUUCCGUGGAGCCGACGGCGACGCCGACCGCCUUGUAG